AUGAAUGAGAACGUCAUGCGCGCAUACUACGGGUCCACAGAGGGAGGAACUAACCUCACUGCGUACCGUGAUAGGAUGCUGUCUCUGUUCCAGGUGCUUGAGCCAGCCGUCAACGUAUCGACCCAACGACUGUCGGAUCAGGUGCGGGUUAUCCAGCGCAAUCACAGACUGGACGACGCCGCACUUGAUCGGCUGCGCUUAGAGAUGCUGAGCAGCCCUAUGGUCACCACCUCGUCACAGGCCGCGGUGCCACCGCCACCUUCAGGCGGAGUCACGCCGCGGUCCAAUCUCGUUGAUGGGGAUGAGGACAAUAGGGCUGUAACGGUAAGUACUCAGUGCAACGAACGUGUGAGGAGUGCUCUGGAGGAUGCGAUUCAGGAGUUUAGGUACUCACCCGUCGAAAACCGACCGCGACUACCUCGCUUGCCUAUGCACAGACAGAAUAGGGCGUUGGUGUGUGCUCUGGAUUCGCUGUUGGAAAAAUAUUUUGAAAACAGCGAAGACCUCCUUGAUACACACUCAAUUAUGUAUUGCGCGGCUGUUGCUGCAUGUCGUGUAGCUAAUGUCAAAUUCCCUGACAGUAACAGAGCUACACGACCAAAAUCAGCGGUACCAGCUUGGCAGUGCAGGAUUGAGCGUCGUAUCGAGGGGGCCAGAGUACUCAUCGGCAAACUAUAUUGCUUCAGGGAGGGUAAUACCCGACCACGGGUGAUGCGCUUUGUGAGACGUGCAUUCAUGGGGACUGGACUCAGUCCUCAUGAAUAUAUGCCGCGUAUCGCGGAGCGCAUCGACUUCCUGAAGCAAAAAGUCUGUGCAUGGGCUAGCCGUAUUCGAAGGUAUAAACGACGGGUAGAACGUUACACCCAGAAUCGUAUGUUCCAGAGUGAUCAAAGAUGGGUAUAUAGAACUUGGGAGCGACCUGAGCAAUACGUGAUGGACGGGAGCCGGCCGGAUGAUGGUGCCACAAACAUGUUUUGGCGCAACCUCUGGUCGACGCCCGUAUUUCACGAGGAGGGUGACUGGACACGUGAUGUUGAACGGGAGUGUGAACAAAUACCAGAAAUGGAGGAGGUCAAUAUUACCUCCUUCGACAUAGCCUGUGCAGUUCGUCCGAUGCAAAACUGGAAAUCACCAGGACCGGAUGGACUGCACAAUUUCUGGUUAAAGUGGCUGCAAAGUUCACACCCUGUUUAG